AUGAGGAAAAUGAACACACUGCUCCUUGUGAGCUUAUCUUUUCUCUACCUCAAAGAGGUUAUGGGUCUGAAGUGUAAUACCUGCAUAUACACAGAAGGAUGGAAGUGUAUGGCAGGCCGAGGCACUUGCAUUGCAAAAGAAAAUGAGUUAUGUUCAACAACAGCCUAUUUCAGGGGAGACAAACAUAUGUACUCAACACAUAUGUGUAAGUAUAAGUGCCGGGAAGAGGAGUCCUCCAAAAGAGGCCUGUUGAGAGUGACACUGUGCUGUGACAGAAACUUCUGUAAUGUCUUCUAA